UUAAAUAAUAGACAUAAAACAAUAAAUAAUAACACCUUAUUUAAAUAAUUCUAAUCGUAUAACGUAUCUUACGACCUGUACUUUUAAUUUGAACGAACUUUAAUUUUGAAAAAAAUUAACAGUCAAUAGCUGUGUUACUUUACAGAGGACCAGAAAAUAUAAACAAUCCCAGCACUGGAAGUUUAUUUGAUAUAUUUACUGAUUUAUUAAAUCAUAUUUUUAUAUAUAAAUACUGUAUAAAAUGAGAGAAGGUGAACUUUUAAACGCUCGUUUGUGAAGAGCAGGAACUGCAGCUACAGGUGACACGAUGAAGGUGCUGGUGUUAAAAGAGCCCAGAGAGAGUGAGACUGGAGCAGAUCCAUACAUCAAGGAGCUGUCGGCGUAUGGACACUCGGCUACACUCAUCCCCGUCCUGGCGUUUCAGUUCGUCUCCCUGACUCGUCUGUCAGAUCAGCUGUUUGAUACACAGAGAUAUGGUGGGCUCGUUUUCACAAGUCCCAGAGCAGUGGAGGCUGUUAGACGGUGCAUUGAAAACAGAGAAGGGUGGGACACGGUGAAGGAACAGUGGGGCAGGAAGUCUGUGUAUGUGGUGGGGAAAGUGACCGCAUCAUUAGUUGAGGCUCUGGGUCUGAAGCCCCUCGGCGAAGACACAGGCACGGCUGAAGUUCUGUCUCGACUUAUUAUUGAGAGAGAAAACUCCAUGUCUUUGCCUCUGUUUUUUCCCUGUGGCUCACUGAAGAGGGAAGUGCUGCCCACAACACUGAGACAACAUGGUAUUUCUCUGGAGACUCUAACAGUCUAUGAGACGGCUGAACAUCCAGAGUUGGAGAAGAACAUCACAAGUUACUUCACAGAGCAGGGAGUUCCAGCCAGUGUUGCUUUCUUCAGUCCUUCUGGAGUGAAGUUUUGUCUGGAGCUGAUAAAGAAACUGGCUGGAGAACAACUGGACCAGAUCAAGUUUGCCGCUAUCGGUCCCACCACGGCUGAGGCUCUACAGGAAGCUGGUGUGAGUGUCAGCUGCUCGGCUCAGAAACCCACACCGCAGCACCUGGCCACAGCCAUCACACAAUGCCUAAGCGACGACCUCUGACCCCAGCCUCCGUCCAUCAACACCUGAACUAUCACAUCCCAGGCUAAAAGAUAUAUGCCAGAAUAUUAAACCUCAAUGCUGUACCAUAACAUGACGUAUUAUUGUGUUCACUGUAUGUGGUUUUAGGACAGAAUAAAAUGUACUUCAAUAGAAUUAUGAGGCGUUGCUGAGGUACUUUGAGGCCAAGAAAGAUCACAUCAUUCAUUCAUUCAUUUUCUACCGCUUAUCCGAACUUCUCAAGUCACGGGGAGCCUGUGCCUAUCUCAGGCGUCAUCGGGCAUCAUGGCAGGAUACACCCUGGAUGGAGUGCCAACCCAUCACAGGGCACACACACACUCUCAUUCACUCACACACUAUGGACAAUUUUCCAGAGAUGCCAAUCAACCUACCAGGCAUGUCUUUGGACCAGGGGAGGAAACCGGAGUACCCGGAGGAAACCCCCGAGGCACGGGGAGAACAUGCAAACUCCACACACACACAAGGCGGAGGCGGGAAUCGAACCCUGACCCUGGAGGUGUGAGGCGAACGUGCUAACCGUUAAGCCACUGUGCCCUCCUCACAUCAUUUAGGCAACAUUAAAUGAACAUGUCGGUCAUAAGCUUUACUGAAUACACAAGAUAAUCUUAUUAAUGAUGUUUUGCCAGAUGUUGGAAAAUACAGCAAUAUACAGUAACUGGAAGAUUGAAGGAACUGAUUAUACAAUAAAAAUUUAAGAUCAAAUUCUCAAAAAAUCACCUACAAAAGUUCCCGAAUAGUACUACCAUCGAUCCCGCUCGAUGUCCAGCGACACAUCCGUCCGAGGAACGGACAGUUUUUCUGUAUUUUGUUUCUCUGCUUUUAUUUUGAUUAUCUUCACAUCGUGACUAUUCGAUGCGCUGUAAUGAGUCUCUGGGUUACAGCUCUGUUUCACAUGAAAAUGCAAAUAAAGGACAGUUUAUACUUCCA